UUUAGUAAAGCAGAUGUAGUAGUAGUCUUGGGUCAUACUGAAGUCACAUAAGUAUUCCAAUGGAAACGGCUGUGUGUCAACAGUUUUUGAAUGUUUUCCAAGAUUACUUAAAUCUGUGCCAGUUAGGGAACUGGCCCAAUAAUGAGACAUGCUGUACAGAAAUAAAAAAUGCUUUUUUAAUAACCAUUCAUAUAGAAAAAUGUCUAGAUAGAUUACAACAAUUGUCACUCAUUCAUGAUUUCUUUGCUGUCUUGGGCAACUCUAAUGAUAAACAAGAUUUUGUUCUUAAAAAUUGUUUAGGCGAUCCACCAAAAUUUAUAUUAAGAAAAAUCAUUGCCUCUUCAGUAAAAAUAGAUAUAUUAGAUUCUGCUAUCAAAAUAUUCUUAGAGCUAUUUUCAGCAGAAAAACUUGAAUCAUAUUUAUCAGAUUUAAUGUUAGAAGCAUCCUCAAUACAGAUGCUUUUGUGUAAUAUGUCUGUACAAAUUCCUAAAGAUAAAUUAUUGGCUUUAAAAAGUAAGUUUAUUUUAUCAGAAUUAUAUGAGAUGGAAGAUAGUCAAGCUGUUGUAAUUGACAUGAUUAACAAUUGUACUAAAGAUGUAUUAGAAAUGCUAAUUAUUAGUAUGCUGAAUAGCAGUAUUGAGUUGUCUAAUACAGUAAAUAGUAUUGUAAAUGCAUUUUUAAGUGUUAUGACUAUUAAGAACUCCUCUAAAAAGUUAUUUUGGAAAAUGCUUCUUGAGACUGAAGAUGUCCAUCUUUUAAAACUGUGUUUGAAUCAUGUAGAUUUAUUUAGAAAAAUAUCUAAAGCUUUAUUUGACUGUGGCAAGUUACUCAGAGAAAAUAUGUCUGCUGAGUUUUUUUAUAUAGAUUUAACAUAUUCAGAAUUGAUCAGAAUUACAAGAAAAAUUUGUAAUCAUGAUAAUUUAAAGAGUGAGUUCAUGGGUUUUGUCUUUGAACUUAACGAGGAUGUAAGCUUUUGGGAAAACAUUUUACUCUUACCUUAAAAUAUUGUUUGUUAUAAAUAUAUACUUAAAGGCAAAUCAUUGUUUCAUUUAUGCAAAAAAUUUCCAUAUUUUAUACUAAAAAGAAAUACUGUAAAUUAGAACAUCAUACAAGUAAUAUGGAAUGGGAAUAUAAAAUUUAAAAUGA